AUGGCCACCCCCAAUGUCCUAGCUUUUGACGCUGAGGGUAGAGCCAUUGACUUUGCAGUCUGGAUUGAAGACCUGCAGCUGUACUUACUGUGUGAUGCGAUCGAUGAGGUCUCUCUCUUUGACUUUGUCUCUGGCGCUGUCCCUGCCCCUCCUACUGAUGCUGAUUCCGCCGUUCGCUCCAAGUGGGCGACCCGCGAUGCUGCUGCACGUCUUGCUGUGCGUCGCCACCUCCCUUCCUCCGAGCGUGCCCACUUUAGUCAGUGCAAGACCGCUCAGGCCUUGUACGACGCUGUAGUUGCACGCUACUCCUCCCCUUCCUCCGCUACGCUGAGCCGCCUCAUGCUACCUUUUCUCUUCCCUGACCUCGCUGCCUUUCCCACUGUCGCUGACCUCAUUACCCACCUCCGCGCUAGUGACGCUCGCUACCGCGCUGCCCUUCCUGCUGAGUUCCGCGCCGCCAACCCUCCUCCCAUGUACAUCACUCUCUACUUUCUUGUCACCCGUCUUCCUGAGUCCCUUCGUGUCGUUAGGGACUA